AUGGAGUGUUCCUGGAAAGCGGUGCUGCUGCUGGUCGUAGCCUCACUGACCAUUCAGUACACGGCCAUCCGGACGUUUAUCGCUAAGCCGUUCACCAUCUGCCGGGUGCCCAAGCACACAGGCUGUGGUCCGGGUCCGAGUGCCUCCUGCGAACCCCAGCGCCGGGCAGUCAGCCACAUCCUGAUCCUGGCCACCACCCGGAGCGGCUCGUCCUUCAUCGGGCAGCUACUGAACCAGCACUCGGACAUCUUCUACCUGUUCGAGCCGCUCUACCAUGUACAGACCACGCUGGGAGCCGCAGGAGGCGGCUCCAGGGGCAGGCCCUCGUCCUCCACCUCGGCCGCGGGCCGCCGCUUGUUGCUCGGCGCCUACCGCGACCUGCUGCGGGGCCUCUUCGAGUGCCGACUCCACGAGUUGGAGGCUUACAUCAAACCGGCUCCGGAGCAGCACCGGACCCAGCGGCUGUUCCGCCGGGGGGCCAGCAAAGCGCUGUGCUCGCCGCCUGUCUGCGCCCCGGCCACCUGGACGCCGAGGCCUCCGCCCGGGCCGGGGGUGCGGGCGACAGACGGAGAGGACGACGGGGAAGGCCCUCCAUCCGAGCGCUGGGAGGAAGGCGAGUGCGUGCGGCGGUGCGGGGCCCUGAAUCUGACCGAGGCCUCGCGGGCUUGCAUCCUGCGGCCUCACGUCGCCAUCAAGACGGUGCGGAUCCCCGCCAUCGGCGACCUGCGGGCGCUGGUGGAAGACCCGCGCCUCAACCUCAAGGUCAUCCAGCUGGUGCGCGACCCCCGCGGCAUCCUGUCGUCCCGCAUCGACACCUUCCCGGACAGUUUCCGCGCCUGGAAAAUCUGGCGCAACAGCGGGCGCAGGCCUUACAACCUGGACGCGUCGCACCUGAGCGCCACCUGCCAGGACUUCCUGCAGUCGGUGGGGACCGGCCUGGACCGGCCCGGCUGGCUCAAGGGCCGUUACAUGUUGGUCCGUUACGAGGACCUGGCUCGCGAGCCCGAGCGGAAGACGCGCGAGAUGUACCGCUUCCUGGGCGUCGCCAUGGAUACCAACGUGCGGCGCUGGAUCGUCCGCAACACGCGCGGGCCCGGAGCGUCGGGGAACCACAAGUUCGCCACGGUGCGGGACUCGGCGGCCACGGCCGAGGGCUGGAGGUUCAGGCUCAGCUACGACAUGGUGGAGCUGGUGCAGAGCCUGUGCAACCUGACCCUGGCCCAGCUGGGCUACAGGCUCGUCAACUCGCCCGAGGAGCUGAGGAACACGUCCGUCAGCCUCGCCGAGGACAGGACCUUUCUGCCUUUUUUGUAAUUGUAAAUAGUUCGUGCCAGUGAGUGAUAUAUUUUUGAUAUGAAAAAAAAGUGUUUUUAAAUGGUUGAAUUUUACUUUGCAACCCUUUUUUUC